GAACAAACCCAAGUUCUGAGGUCAUGUGACCUCCUCCAUUUUGUUUUGUUGGCAGGAGUUCGAGUUCGGAGUUCCGAAUGUCAUCAGGAAAGAGAUGUUAUGUUGACAAACGGGCUUCUGUCUUUUGUUGACUAAAAUUUGUUAAGGUCCUUCUGAAAUAGGCAAUGUCUGGCCUAUAUCCAGAUGAGGAUGCCAUUAUUACAGAAAACCCAGAUCCAGAAUCAGAAAGUGCUGCUGUGAAUGAGAGCGAAUCAGUUGAAGAAAAUUUGGAUGAUAGAACAGAAGGAGAGAUCAACGCUUACGAAGGCAGUGGAGAAAUUGCGCCUAGAGACAAUGACCCUGAUGUAAAUGAAUUCAGUGAGGAGAGUGUGGUGAGGGAAAAUGAGCCGAGAAUUGAUGAAUGUGUUUUAAAUCAGGAUGGGGAUGAGAAGACAGAGGACGAGAGAGAACCAGGUGUCGGGGUUAUUAGGGAGGGACAGAUAAGCGGAGGGAGGGAUGAACAGCUGAGUCAGAGUUUGGGACAGGAGGAGGCCGAAGCAGACACAUUCCUGGUAAGAGAGGCCUGUAGUAAUGAAAGUGUUGGCAUAAGAAACGGUGAAGAGGUUCUAUGUGAGCAUGACAGUGCAUAUUCGCAGGGAUUAGAACAUAGUGAUAGUAGAUCGGCUGAUAUUCAGGAAUCUGAAAGUCAAUGUGAAGAAAGCACAUCUGUGAUAUCUGAUAGGGAUGCUGAUUCUGACGCCAGAUCAAGAGAAUGUAACCACUUGUUAGAGAAUCUCAGUCGUGAAAAUUCAGAGGUUGUGGAAAACCAUGUGAUCAUUCCGGAGGACGAACUCAGUUGUCAAGUGUGGACGGCUGAAGACAAGCCCCACCUGCAGGUGCUCUCUCCAACAGGAAGCAUCGAGUCGUGUGAGCCCGAGUGUGAUCAGGAGACCGAUGCUUCUCCGAGUCACGGUGUACGCAGCGAGCAUGUGGACAGAUUAGACAGUAACGAGACUCAUCAGCAAGGAAGAGGAGAAGAGGAGGAAAGGGAAGAAGGAAAUGAAGAGGUGGCAGAAGAGGAGGAAACUAUUUGUGUUGUUCUUAACCCCCCUCCUCCUCAUUCUUCUUCUUCUGAUGAGAGCCAGACGCAACCGGUCUGUGAAUCAAGUUCAGAUUCGUAUAGUCAGGUUAGAAGUGUGGAAACCACAUCGUGUUCAUCACAAGAGACAUUAGCAGUGAGUUGUAGCGGCUCUAUGAAUGGAGAUUUAGCCCCAGUGACUAACAACUUCAGUGAAAACAAAAUCUCAUCUGUGGAGUCUGACGAUGACCUUUUGUCUGAACUGGAAUCAGAAUUGACCAAUGGUUCAAGGGCCAAUCAGAACAAUCAUAGUAUGCAUGACCCUGAGGUCAAAUUCAAACCGCCCAAUGGGAUUGAUGGUAAAGUUUUGCAGGAAAUCCAAGAUUUACAAAUGCAGCUGAAACAUUCCAGAGCUAAGAUAGCAGAGAAAGAUUCAGAAAUUGAUAGACUGACAAUCAGGGCAGAGGAUCAGGAGGCAUACACGGAGCGGAUCUUGCGGGAGCGGGACAGUUACCUAAGGGAGGUCAGACAGCUCAAGUCCCAGGAUGACCUUUACCUGCCACAGAUCAAAGAGUUAGAGUACACUAUAGCCCAGCAGACCAAUGAGAUCAGGACCCUGAAAGACAAGCUGUCCAGUCAUGAUGCGGCCGCACGGAGAACGGUAGCCACGCUCCAGAACGAGCUCAAAGUCAGAGUAGAUCAGGUUACCAAAAUGUAUGAUGAGGCCAGCAAAGAGAAGGACUCCAUGGUUGUAAAGUAUGCUCAGGCCGAGAAAAAGUUCAUCGAAGGUCAGAAAUCCAUAGAGAGGCUGGAGGCCAAAGUUCGUGACCUCAACAAGGAGAAAGACGGCUUAACCCAGAGGGUCACCGACAUCAAGGGAGAGAAGCGACAGAUGCUGGCUGAUCUGGAGGCAAAGGCAGCUGAGAUUCAGAAUUUAACAAAAGAAGUGGAGAAACAGAGGGAGUUGAUUUCUUCAUCAGAGGUCAGGAUAAAAUGGGCUCAAAACAAGCUGAAAGCUGAGCUAGAUGCCCAUAAGGAAACAAAAGAUGAUUUGUUGAAGACGAGAUCCAAGCUAAAGGACGCAAAAGACGAGACGGAACAGAUCAGGCGAGACUGUCAGGCCAUCAUCAAAACCUACCAGGAAUCAGAAGAAAUCAAAUCUAAUAAGCUGGACAGUAAAUUAAAGAUCAAGGAGUCAGAGUUCCUACUGCAGCAACAGGAGAAAACUAGUCAAGAGGAGCGCUAUGCUGCCACAGUUAGAGAACUGGACAGUCUGAGGACCACACAAAAGGAGGCAAUAAAGGAGAUGGAAUCUCUGAAGAAGAAAUGUCAGGGUCUGGAGUCGCAGCGCGACCAAAACGAGCAGACCAUGACCAAGUACCGCGAGAUGCUGCAGAAACAGAAGAGGGAAAACAAAGAGCUCCAGGACAGGGUGGAGGAACUCGUGCAAGUCAAGUCAGACUUCAAAAGAGCUCAGAACACGAUCAAAUCCCUGGACGCGGAGAUCUCGGAGCUGAAGAUCAGUAACAAGGAUUUACAGAUUGACAUGGAGGCUUGUCGCAAGCGCGAGGCUGACAAACUCGACCUGACCAAUAAACUCAGCGCCAAAAAUGCCGAGUUACAGUCGGAGAACUCCAUACUCCAUAAUAAGACAAUGUCACAAGCAGAGGAAAUCGAGAAGCUCACAGUAGAUGUGCAGACUUUGGAAAUUGACUUUAGAGAUGUUUCUGGGAGAUUGAAGAAGGAGGAAUCCAUGCGACAAGAAGAAACCACAACACUGAGAGAGAAACUAGAGGAAAAAUCAAAAGCAGUGGAAGAAUUGUCAGCAAAAGUCGAGGAUGGAAAAGAUGAAAUCAGGACACUGAAGAGGAAACAUGUUAAUAAUGUCAAGGACAUAACAAGACAACUGCAGCAAGCCAAGAAAAAACUAGAGAACUUGGAAACAAAUGGAGAUACACAGAAAGACUCGACGAGUAUGGGAUCUCGGACCAGCUCCAGUAAUUCCCUGAACACAAUGGGAAUGUCUGAGAACAGCUCCGCUCAGUCCCACGGCUAUACCAACAAAUACUCCAGCAAUCCAGAACCUGUCCAUGAGCACCGAGUGAUCACGGAACAGGUGGAGCCCAACAGUCAGAUGCUGAUAGAACGGAUCGUCAAGCUGCAGCGCGGGCUCGCCAGGCGCAACGAGAAGAUCGAGUUCAUGCAGGAGCACAUUCAGCAGCUGGUGGAUGAAAUACAGAAGAAGAACAAAAUAAUUCAGAACUAUGCACUUCGAGAAGAAUCUGGAACAAUGACGCUGGAAAGAUCUGACCUGAAUAAACUGGACCAAAGGAAGUUAUCGCAGAUGGAGUUAUCGAGGAAGCACAGCAUCAUGGGAUCUCUGUAUAGCUCCCAUCAGACAGACAGUGCAAUGACCCUGGACCUGUCCCUGGAGAUCAAUCACAAGCUACAGGCUGUUCUGGAGGACACCCUCCUCAAGAAUAUCACUCUCAAGGAGAGUUUGGACACAUUGGGAGGUGAAAUAGCUCGACUCUCCCAAGAGAACAGGAAGCUUCAGUUAGAACUCCAGGGUAAAACCAAGAACAGAUGACCCAGGACAAUCAGCAGAGGGGAUGAGAAGUAAUGGAACCAAACCAAAUUCCAGGGGGAGUGUGCUAGAUACAAGUAACAGUUCCAAAUACUGUACUGGUGUAGUUUUCACAUGCAGUGUAGUGCUCAACACCGAAUAUUGUGGACUAGUUCUAGACUUUACAGGAUUCUGACUGGAAACUCUGAUGUUCCUGUUGUGUGAUAGCUAAGACAUGGUGUUUUGUGGGAUACAUGUACAUGUAGUGUAAGAAUCUGUGGGCUGGAUAAAUCCCUGUAUAUGUCAGAAAUGUCAUUCAUGUGUCAAUGUCAUUCAUGUGUCAAUGUCAUUCAUGUGUCAAUGUCAUUCUUGCAUCAAUGUCAUUCAUGUGUUUAUGUCAUUCAUGUGUCAAUGUCAUUCAUGUGUCAAUGUCAUUCUUGCAUCAAUGUCAUUCAUGUGUUUAUGUCAUUCAUGUGUCAAUGUCAUUCUUGCGUCAAUGUCAUUCAUGUAUAUAUCAAGCUAGGUACUUAUCAAAACAAGUAAAACAGAGUAAAUGAUGAAUUUAUACAUGUACCGUUAUGAGAGUUAUUUUAUUGAAUAAUUUUAAAUUACAAAAUAUCAGUAACCAUGGCGACUUGUAAACAGAAAAAAAAUCAUAUCAAAUCAUUUCCUUAUAAAGUACAUUGUAUGUACACAUGUGUUUGGUGUUGCUUCAUAUUUAUGAUUUGUUUAUAAACAAAUAACACACUAUAAACAUUGAUUGCAGAAUGUAAAAUGUUAAGUUAUUAUAUAACAUUUAUGAUUGUAUUUAUUUUGACUGUAUGUUGAUAUAAUAUACUUUGUCAAUGAU